AUGCAUGCAGCACCUCAUCUCACGGUCUAUUGUCCCUAUGAUCUGCCAUGCACAGUGAAUUCUCUGCGCUACGGUAAGCGCAGUAGUGAGGAAGUAGAUGUUGUCUUUGGGUACUGGGCCUCCUUCUGGAAGGAGAAGGUCCAGUCUAGCCUUACUCCAAGCUAUUGGAAGUCCUGGACCCACUCCAAGUCCACUCCCUGGAUUUUCAGACAUGCAUUUGGUGUAGGAUAUGCUAUGUUUCCCGGACUAAAUGCAGUAAGCUAUCGGCAGGCUCAGCCACUACGGGCCCUCCGCCACCUAGCGAAAAGCGCUAGAAGCGAGCGCCGUCGCCUGGCAGCCCCGCUCCCGCAGUCGACGUCUGGCGAUCGGCGAGGGUGGUUCCCCAGGCGGCCUCGCUCCGGCAUACAAAGUGCGUCCUGCAGCUCGUCCUCGUCCUCGAAGAUGGCGGCGACGGCCAAGGAGGUGGUGGCGAGGCUCAAGGGCGAAGGCUGGUCUCUGAGUGAGGAAGGUGUCGAGAAUCUCCUGGAAGGAAACCACUUCAGCUUCCAGAAUGCCUCUCAAGAAAUCCUCAAUAGUGACUUAAAGGAUGUAGGUGCACCUUGUCUUCCAGAGGACUUAAAAGGCAAGAACAAGACAUUGACAGGGCCCAUGGUUCUGCAGGUGUCCAAAAUCCGCAAUGUGUCGGCCCCCAAAGCCUUUGCCGACUCCAGUGCAGCCCCUCGUCUACUGCGACUCUCCCUUACUGAUGGUACAAACACAUUUCAGGCCUUAGAGAUCCAGAACAUUAAAGUCAUCAGCCUCAAGACGGCUCCGGGGACAAAGGUUCGCAUACUGGGCAAGAUAUCCUUUGGGGCAGGAUACGCCCUGCUGACCCCAAGUAACAUCGCUGUCUUAGGAGGCAAGGUGGAGGAGCUGUACGAGAAAUGGCGACUUUCACAGAGUGUCUCCAAAUACAGCCGCAAUGUGCGGGCAGCAGAUGGGUCGGGGCCCCCCCUUUGGGUGCCCUUCGGAAAGCGCAUCGUCAAGGACCAAGCAGAGAUGAGGCAGUUCAAGGCCCUGAAGGAUAAGGAGGGCGAGAAGGACAAGGAGGACGAUGAGUUUGAGAACCAGCGCAAGCAGACCGUCAAGGAGCUGGCCAAGGAAGGGAGUAGUAAGGUAUUUGGAGGUGGCAAGCAGAUGCUGGACUCAAACGUGCAGAAGGUGUGCCGAGCAGGCUUCUCGCCAGAAGUAGCCGAAUGGGCCCUGAGGAACAACAAGAAUGACCCGUCCAAGGCCAUCAGAGAACUCAAAGCG